AUGAAUAUUUAUACAUUGAAAUUUGAGGAAAGCACCUUAGAGAAUUCUUAUCAAUUACAUAAAUUCAAUAUAUGGCAAUGCCCCAUUCUUAUCUACACAUAUGUGUUAUCAAUAAUAAUUGUUGGCAGCAAACUAAUAUAUUAAUUAGUGAUUCAUGACUAUAUGUAUUUGAUACAUAAAGUAGUAAUACUCUUUAUAGUAAUACUGCUAUGCAUAUUUUUUAAACAUUUCAAGAAAUUUCCAAAUUUAACCUUGCUGUUAAUCAACUUUUUACUUUUAUCACUUGAAACCGAGACAAAUUAGAAUAAUACUUAUUAUCAAGGAUACUUGUUUGGAUGUAAUUAGAUGCUUGCACAUGCUAUUCUAUUCUUAGGUUCAGAUUUUUUAGUUGGUUUGGGUGCGAAUGUAGUUUUGGCAGUAGCAAGGGCAGUAAUCACAUAUGUUAACGAAGAUUAUUUAACUUUUCAAUAGUAUCUCUACACUAUUUUGAUUACUUUUGGGGUUUCUGGGUUAUUAUAUUAAUCAGAAUUGUCAUAAAGAAGGUCCUAUUUAUAUUAAACGAAGGACACAACUUGGGAAAAAAUAUUGCCAUUUGUUAUAUGCAAGCCUUUUCUGAUUUUUAAAUUUGACAAGGAAGCUUUUUCCUUUUAAUAAAUUGCAAUUAAUAAGUCUUUGACAGAUAGUUAAGAGAUGUGUUUUGAUUCAGUAGGUGAUUUUCUAAAGGAAUGCAAAUAUGAUAAAAUGACUCUUCAAAAAUACUUAUUUCAAAAGUAUGAGAAGUUCAACACCUUGAUUAAUAAGAUAGAAUGUGAGAAAUUAGAGAUCUAUUAUAAAAAAAGUAGGAUGAAAAUAAAAUUAUUGAUCUAUUGUGCUGAUACGAUUAGAUUUAUGAUUGUUAUUGAGGCUGUGGAUUAAGCCUUUAUAGAUUUAAAAUAUAGAUACUAGAACCACUUAAAGGAAAUCACUUAAAAGUAUAAUAAUCAACUGAAGAAACUUGCCAAAUUAUUACAUAAAAAACUAAAGAAAUGUAAAAUGUAAAUGAUGAGUGAAGUGUCGAUUUCUGUACUUGAAUUCAGAAUUUUGCAAUCAUUAUAACUUACAAAACUAACCAGAAUCAAUAUGUCCUAGCUAUUUCAAAAAUUUUAUCAAAUCUUUCACUCUAAUUAUAAAUAUAAAAUAUAUUUCAUUUCAAAAUAGGAUUAUGUGAUUCAUACCUAUAAACCAGAACUAUAUUACUUUAUCAUAUCAAUUAUUAGAUAAUCAAAUCGAACUUCAGAAAUAUCCUUCAUUAUUGAUUAAAAUUAGGAAGCAUAAGCUCCUUAACUAUCGCUUUAAGGUAUUGAGAAGCUGCCCGUGGAUCAUUAAUUUUUAUAUUGUUAACGAAUACUUUUUGAAAAGCAUAUCUAAGUGUUAAAUUCUCAUUUUUGGAUCUUCAAAGAAGUGCAUUCCUCGUUUAAUUAACUCUAUACUUUUGAUAAUAUUUCAAAUGAUCAAUAUAAUCUGUUGAAUUAGUAAUUCUGA